CGGCGCGUGGGGGCGGGGGAGGUGCCGAGGCGCGGAUCCCGGGCCGCGGAGUGGGAGUGCUGCAGCGCUUGCUGGCCGCCCCGGGGGAGGGGCACGUGGGUCUAGAAGGGGGGUCCCGGAACACCUGGGUGUACCCCACCUCUCGCCCAACCGUACCCCGGCGUGGCAGUCUUUUGCCCUUUCCAUGGCUCCCCAAGGACUUAGAAAUCCGUGGCCUCUCGAGGUCACGGAUAUCGCCCCCCUCCCCUGCGGCGCCUUGGGACCCCGGCAUGCUAACCGACCCCCCUCCCCGCCCCGGCUACCUCCCUCAAAAUUCCCAUCUCUGCAGCCGGAGAGGCGGUAAGGACUUCAAUUCCCAGCAGCCCCUGCGGCGCCGGGUCUAUGAAGCCGCAGCAGCGCGAGCGCGAGGUCUGCCGGGAGUUGUAGUCUCUAGGCUCUCAACAGGAGCUGGGGGCCCAGAGGUGGAGGGGGUUGCUAGAUCCCCGGGGGUCGCCUGGGGUCAGGCAACUGGCCUGGUAGGGCAGGAGGUGCGGCUCGGACUGAGCUGUUUCUUCAGGCUACGGUCUCCAGAUCCAGCACCCCUCCCAGCGCCCGGCGCGUGGGGACGGGUCCGCAGCCCCUCGUCUGCCCUACAUCCCCCAUGGGCUGCCGCCCGCCGCCGCCUCCGCUGCCUCCCAGGAUCCAGCAGGGAUAAGAGCAGGACCCACCGGCCACCAUGUCAGGAGACUAUGAGGAUGACCUCUGCCGGCGGGCACUCAUCCUGGUCUCAGACCUCUGCGCGCGGGUCCGAGACACCGACACCAGCGACAGGUGCCAGGAAUUCAACGACCUGAGGAUCCGGGGCUACCCCCGGGGCCCAGAUGCAGACAUCUCCGUGAGCCUGCUGUCGGUCAUCGUGACGUUCUGUGGCAUUGUCCUCCUGGGCGUCUCCCUCUUCGUGUCCUGGAAGCUGUGCUGGGUGCCCUGGCGGGACAAGGGAGGCUCUGCAGUGGGCGGUGGCCCCCUGCGCAAGGACCUAGGCCCUGGGGUCGGGCUGGCAGGCCUGGUAGGCAGCAGUGGGCACCACCUGGGGGCUGGCCUGGGGGGCCACCCUCUCCUGGGUGGCCCACAUCACCACGCCCACACUGCCCACCACCCGCCCUUCGCUGAGCUGCUCGAGCCGGGCAGUCUGGGGGGCUCGGACCCCCCUGACCCCUCUUACUUGGACAUGGACUCAUAUCCUGAGGCUGCAGCGGCCGUGGUGGCUGCUGGGGUCAAACCGAGCCAGACGUCCCCUGAGCUGCCCUCUGAGGGCGGGGCAGGCUCAGGACUGCUCUUGCUGCCCCCCAGUGGGGGCUUGCCCAGUGCCCAGUCACAUCAGCAAGUCACAAGCCUGGCACCAACCACCAGGUACCCAGCCCUGCCGCGGCCCCUCACCCAGCAGACCCUGAUCCCCCAGCCGGACCCGGGCAGUGAGGAACGGCCGCCCGCCCUACCCCUGCCCCUGCCGGGCGGCGAGGAAAAGGCCAAGCUCAUCGGGCAGAUCAAGCCCGAGCUGUACCAGGGGACGGGGACGGGCGGCCGGCGGGGCGGUGGGGCCCCGGGGGCCGGAGAGGCGGGGGCGCCCUGCGGCCGCAUCAGCUUCGCCCUGCGCUACCUCUACGGCUCCGACCAGCUGGUGGUGCGCGUCCUGCAGGCCCUGAACCUCCCUGCCAAGGACUCCAAUGGCUUCUCGGACCCCUACGUCAAGAUCUACCUGCUGCCGGACCGGAAGAAAAAGUUCCAGACCAAGGUGCACAGGAAGACACUGAACCCCGUGUUCAAUGAGACCUUCCAGUUCUCGGUGCCCCUGGCCGAGCUGGCCCAGCGCAAACUGCACUUCAGCGUCUACGACUUCGACCGCUUCUCCCGGCACGACCUCAUCGGCCAGGUGGUGCUGGACAAUCUCCUGGAGCUGGCCGAGCAGCCCCCUGACCGCCCGCUCUGGAGGGACAUCGUGGAGGGCGGCUCGGAAAAGGCAGAUCUUGGGGAGCUCAACUUCUCACUCUGCUACCUCCCCACGGCCGGGCGCCUCACCGUGACUGUCAUCAAAGCCUCUAACCUCAAAGCGAUGGACCUCACCGGCUUCUCAGACCCCUACGUGAAGGCCUCUCUGAUCAGCGAGGGGCGGCGCCUGAAGAAGCGGAAAACCUCCAUCAAGAAGAACACGCUGAACCCCACGUACAACGAGGCGCUGGUCUUCGACGUGGCCCCCGAGAGCGUGGAGAACGUGGGGCUCAGCAUCGCGGUGGUGGACUACGACUGCAUCGGGCACAACGAGGUGAUCGGCGUGUGCCGCGUGGGCCCCGACGCCGCCGACGCGCACGGCCGCGAGCACUGGGCCGAGAUGCUGGCCAACCCCCGCAAGCCCGUGGAGCACUGGCACCAGCUCGUGGAGGAAAAGACUUUGACCAGCUUCACGAAAGGCAGCAAAGGACUAUCAGAGAAAGAGAACUCAGAGUGAGGGGUCUGGCCUAGACCCAGGAUCAGCCCAGGCCCCCUGAGGACCCCAUCCUUUUCUGCCCGGACCGUGAAUUCAUCUCCUCGAAGCCAUAACGUCCGAGCUGCGUGGUGCAGGGCCGCCCUGGGCCUGCUGUCCUUCCUGCCCCGAAAGCGCGAGGGUGGGAGGCAGGCCCAGCUCCCUGUUUCAGGGUGGGGGACAUUCAGUCCCCACUGUGUCUGUCUUCCCUUCCUGGGCUCCCCCUUGAGGUGAGGGGCCGUGCAUGUCUGGGGGAUCCUCUGCCUCCAAACUGUCUGUCCGUCUGUCUCGCUGUCCCUUUGCUGUUUGUCCAAGAUUUGGUGUCCUGACCCUUGGUCUCAUCAUGAAUGUCAGUGGACCAAUCCUCCGUGUCCCCCCGGACACACACAACCUGUGUCUGCCCUUCUGUCACCACACCCCGCGUCUGGCUGAUCACCACCACCCCCACCCCGUAUUGCUGCUACUCUCGAUGCCAGAAUAAACACACACUGUGGGUCUCA